GUUCCUAGCCCUGCGCACAAGGUCGGAGUAAUUGAUUUGCGUGACUGACUGACUGACUGUGUCCAUGUUACGAGAAGUUUUUCAGUGCCGACCACAGCAACAGCCUCGGGAAAAUAAAAGAAAUAUCCGCUUCGGUGCGUUUAUUUGAACGGCCCAGAUUUAAUCGGAUGACUCUUCACGCCCGUUCAGCCAGACUGAUAAAGUUCACACUUUCUCAGCUGUUAUAAAUCGAUACAAAAGUAAAAGUGCCACAGAGAGAGAGAGAGAGAGAGAGAGGAAUUGGUUUCGAACAACGAAGGUUUUACUUUACUGUCGGAGAGGUCUUGGAGAGAGAGAGAGAGAGAGAGAGAGAGAGAGAGAGAUGGCAGAUCACGAGAAGUCGGUGAUGGAGAAGAUAACGGAGAAGUUCCAUGGGGACGGCUCUUCGUCCUCCUCAGAUUCCGACGACGAGAAGAAAUCGUCGCCGCCGCCGCCGUCGCCGUCGCCGUCGCUGUCGCCGUCGCAGUUAAAGUCCAAGGUUUACCGGAUCUUCGGCCGAGAGCAGCCCCUUCACAAGGUCCUCGGCGGUGGCAAACCUGCUGAUGUCUUUUUGUGGAGGGAUAAGAAGAUAUCUGGUGGACUCUUGGUUGGGGCCACUGCUUUCUGGGUUCUGUUUGAGUUGUUUGAGUAUCACUUGCUCACUUUAGUCUGUCAUGGUUUGAUACUAGCCCUGGCCAUAUUGUUCUUGUGGUCUAAUGCAAGUUCCUUCAUCAAGAAGUCUCGUCCAAGUAUUCCAGAAGUUCAUAUUCCAGAGGAGCCAGUUUUGGAAUUUGCCUCUGCCCUUACCAUUGAAAUCAAUCAGGCUUUCAGAUUUCUCAGGGAAAUUGCGUUGGGAAGAGAUCUCAAGAAGUUUCUCGCUGUGAUUACUGGUUUGUGGAUCUUGUCAACUGUGGGGAGCUGCUGCAACUUCUUAACUUUGUUUUACAUAGCAUUUGUUUUGCUCCACACGGUGCCUGUGCUGUAUGAGAAAUAUGAGGAUCAUGUGGAUGCUUUUGCUGAGAAGGCAAUGAUUGAGAUGAAGAAGCAGUAUGCAGUUUUUGAUGCGAAGGUGUUAAGUAAGAUCCCCAAAGGACCAUGGAAAGGCAAGAAGGCUUAAGAAGUUAGGGUGGCUUGAGUAGUCAUUGAUAAUAUCUGACAAAUAUUUGGUAGCUGCAUGUUGUGAAGCAAAUUGGGUUUUAAGUGGGCAUCCUUUCUAUGCGUUUCUGCUUUUGAGUGGUUAGGCAUGUCAAUUAGCGCCUUUUGCACAUUGGCUUUUAAACCUUAUUUGGUCUUUUUGAUGUUUUUUAGAUGAUAUAUAAUUGCUUCUCACAGUUGGACCUUGACAGAUUGGAUUGUGUUCUGAUUAUUUGUGUUCAAUGUUUGCUAGUAGUUGUGCCUA